UAGUGAAUCCGCGUGGUUUAUGAAUUAAUCCUGUAAACAACAUCGUCAGCGCCUCAGUUUUAAUGCCUCGCGCGACGCUGCUCUUCUGAUCUGUUAUUCUUAACGAAACAGUGCAAUCAUACUGGAGCUAUAGGAAUAUUCCGCUAUAGCACUGACAUGUUAACUUUGACAGAACAGUAGGUUCAUGAAGCGGACGUGUGUAUUCAUUUUUUAUUGGUUUGUGUGAGCUGUCAGUCUUGUGCAACCUACAAACAAGGCCAGCACGCGCGCGACACAGGCAACGCUUCUCUUAUUUAAAAGCAGUCUGCUAAUAAGGUUGGCUGUAUCCAAUAAGGAGGCUGGGGUAAAGAGCCAAAUCAAAGUUUAAUCCAUAAAACUCUAAAGUCUGUGUUUGUGGACUGUUUCACUUGGCUUUAAUCCUGUCCAACUCACAGGUCGCCUGUAUAUGAGAAAAGGGCAGUUUAACAGCAGUUUUUUAGAAAGUGGAGCCAGUAUGGAGGACUCUAUUGAGGUCAUGCUCCAGGAACGGAACUCUAAAUUACUCUACCAUUAUCGGAACAACCGAGUCCUUACUUUUGCGGCUGGAGCCAUCUUCUCUGGGCUAUACGGCCUCUGGGCCAUGUUCUGCCUGCCUGGGUUGAAAGUGCCACUUCGGCUAAAGGUGCCAUUCUUGCCAUCCACAAAAGUUCAGACUGAGAAUGUGAUGAAGUUGCUUGAAGGGAGGCAAGGUUGGCUGGCUGACCUGGGUGCAGGAGAUGGACGAUUGGUUUUUGCAGCAUGCUCUGCAGGAUUUCAGUGCACAGGCUUCGAGAUCAACUCCAUGCUGUUAGCCUACUCUCGAGGCCAAGCAUGGUGGAAAGGGAUACCACACACUCAUGCCACAUUUGUUAAACAGGAUUUCUGGAAGACUGACCUGUCCAAAUACACAAACGUGGUUGCAUUCCUGGCUCCUGCUGUAAUGGCUGAUCUGGAGAAGAAACUCCUGAAGGAACUUCCUGUCGAUGCCCGGGUUGUAGUGUGUUCCUUCCCAUUUCCACACUGGCCCCACAGCUGCACUAUUGGCUCUGGACUGGACCAAGUCUGGGCUUAUAAUGUCUCCAGUGUGCGAGAGACAAGAGACGCGACUUCCUCUUUCAGAACACAUCCCUGAGCCAGCUAACUGAUUUAAAGUUUCUUCUGAGAUGUGUUUGUUCAGUAAUGUUGUGUUCAUAAUGAAGCUCAUAACAAGCAGUUUGCCUCAUACUAUGAAGUGAUAAUGUGAUUUUCUUGGUCAUAAACAUUUUUGUUUAUAAGAUCA